CGGAUAAGGUUGUGGUCCGCAACAAACCCAGGCAGCCAGCUUCUCGAUCGCUCGUUCGCUAGCCCCAUCUCGUGUCCUUUCUCUACCUCUGAGCCAUCGCAUUGCAGCCCCGGCCUGCUCAUCUUCCUCCCCUACCAAACUCUCUGUGGUGCCGAGGUUAAUCAGUGUACAGCAAUGGCUGUGGCCUCCAUGGUUCAUGCACCGUCUCUCCUGGCAGUGCAGACCUUCCGCGGACAGAAGAAUGCUGCCGCUAACCGCUCACCGAGAGCGGCGGCUUUCAGAGUCCGGGCGGCGAAGCUUCCUGCCGGAGUCCGGGUGCCAAGGGCGCAGCCCAAGCUGAGUGAGCCGUUCCUGGGGUUCACCAAGACCGCGGAGGUCUGGAACUCCAGGGCCUGCAUGAUGGGCCUCAUUGGGACCUUCAUCGUGGAGCUGAUAUUGCACAAAGGUGUUCUUGAGAUAAUCGGUUUCGAAGUGGGGAAAGGCCUCGAUAUUCCACUGUAGUCUGCUCUCCCUCCUUGCCUAUAAGAUGUUGAUGCUCGGGAGAUAAGAGCCACAAGAAAGCGUUACCAAUUAUGCGCAAAAAAAAAACCGUUACCAAUGGCUAUGCUAUGCAUCAUAGCAAAUAUAUAAUGGAGCUCUGAGCAUUUCAUUGUGCUUGCUAUUUUUCAUUUUUACACUCGUCUUACCAAAGUGAUCGACAGAGUGAUCUUCAACACUUGACAAUAUUCUGCUGAGAUGGGUGAUAGUUUGUACCGUUAAUAUGAAAACUUGUUCGUUGUUUUGAAAAGAAAAACUGAAGUUGUCCAUGUUUUGAAAAGUAUGCUGACUUGUAAAUCACAAUGAUGUGGUUCCGAUGCCAUGAUAUUCUGAACUAGUGUUUCUACAUAUGA